GCCAGUAGUGGGGCAAUCAAUCAGCCUUGAGAGAACUAACGUCGCCCUCAGGGUAUACAGGAGAGCUUAAUGCGGGAAUACUCAUUAUGCAGCGAUUUAUUCGCACAAUCGUCGUAUAUAAAACAUGCGAUGGUUGACAGUAUUCGAGAUUCUCUGAGCCUCCUCGAUAUUGGAGCACAUCCGAUCCUGAUAUAUCAUAUGCUACAUGACUGUACACGAUUUGAUCAUUAUUUUGAUGUAUCACUGCCGUGCAUUACGUUGUUGAAUAUGCCAUUGGAACCUUAAUAUUGCCAUGAUUAUUUUUGUUUGAUUAAUAUCCCAAAUUCGGUGUUUCAAGUAAGGAUGCUAGAAUGAUCAAUAUUUCGAUGAAUGAGCGGUAGGCCUUCUACGUAAAAAUCUUCGAGCUGUGAAUCUGCUGAUGCCAUGUAGCUUGAAGGGCCUCCAUAAAAUAAUACUGGAGAGCAUAACCAAUGCGGUCGUUAUUGAAAUGGCUUCAGUGCUGAGUGUGAACUUUGCUGUAAUGAGGUAUAAUCCCAAAUAUUUUGAGACAUAAUAACAUUAAAGACCAUGGUGGAAAAACGGAAUACUGGUACCAUGGCCGUGCCAUCAGAGAGUUGGAGUGACGUCAAUUGCAACGCUGACGACAUCGGCGCGAUGUCAGACUCUCCCGACAUCAUCGAUCACCAUCGCAUACGGGUUCGACGACCACAUGAUCCCUACAACUGCGUGUACAUCUCGUUGCUCCUGGCGGGGACUGGAUUCCUUCUCCCCUACAACAGUUUCGUUACGGCAGUCGAUUUCUUUCACAGUCACUUUCCCGGCACCACCAUCGUCUUCGACAUGAGUCUUGUCUACCUACUCGUCGGCUUUGCCGCGGUCUUGCUCAACAACGCACUCGUCGUCAAAAUAUCGGUGCAGAGAAGGAUCCUGCUAGGUCAGGUCAUGGCGUUGUCGGCGCUUCUUCUCGCCGCGUUUCUCGUCGUAGGACUGGAUUCGAGUCUACCGAAGCAGUUCGGAUAUGUCGUCACACUUCUUGCUGUGGCUGUGACGUCAUUCGGAUGUACAAUUCAGCAAUCCAGUUUCUAUGGUUAUGCCGGAAUGCUACCAAAGAGGUUUACACAGGCUGUCAUGGUAGGAGAAAGCACUGCUGGUGUUCUGACAUCACUGAACCGAAUCAUCACCAAACUCCUGGUCUCCAACGAGAAGGUGAACACACUCAUUUUUUUCAUCCUGUCUGGGAUCGUCCUGGUGCUAUGUCUGGCAACGCAUCAGGUAGCCCGACGGACUCAGCUCGUUAGACAUUACACAACAGCGUGUCAGAAUGCAGGGCUAGGAGAGGACGAGAGGAGUCUACAACUCAGUACAGAGGUAUCUGGAAGUAGAACAGCAGUGAAUGUUGAUGACGUCAAUCUCCAAGGUGAUGAUGUAACACCUCACACUGCAGAGGAAGUGAGACCAAAUACAGACUCCUUGGAAGGACAGAGGAAACCACGUCAACCAAUCACACUCGCAUCCUGCUGGCAUUCAAUAGUUGGUGGAUUCCAUUCUCGCGUGAACCUCUCCCGUCACAUCUGGCCGUACAUGGUAUCCAUUGCAGUGACCUACUACAUCACCCUGUGUCUGUUCCCGGGGAUUGAAUCGGAGGUUGUCAACUGUAAGCUGCAUGAUUGGAUGCCCAUCAUACUCAUGGCCAUUUUCAAUUUCACUGAUUUGUGUGGAAAGCUCUUAGCAGCGUAUCCUUAUGAGUGGAAUACCAGUCGUCUGAUGUUGGCCUCUAGCUGCAGAGUAAUCCUGGUCCCACUCCUUCUAAUCUGUGUGGCGCCCAGGACUCACCCCAUACUCUCCCAUCCAUUCUGGCCCAUCCUUCUCUCGGCUAUGCUAGGCAUCUCCAAUGGAUACUUUGGCAGUAUCCCGAUGAUCCUGGCUCCAGGCAUGGUCCCGGAGGAGAAGAAGGAAUUAGCAGGAAACGUUAUGACGGUGUCCUACAACGUUGGCCUAACCCUUGGUGCUAUCACUGCCUACUUUCUUAAAUUCAUUAUCGGUCCGUCCCACCCGGGGGUUUCCUGUCAUGCUGCAGCCCUCUUGAACAUGACUGCCGCCCCCGCCGCAGGAAAUAAAAUAACCGUCACAUGAUCUUUCCUUUCAAGCUUUCUUCAUGGUGCAAUAUGGACAUGUAUAUAAUCAAAAUAAAUGUGCAUUGUGUGUUUAUGUGUGGGAGGGGUGUAUUUGUGCCACAGUUCAACUUCAACAAGACAUUCCUUUUGAUGUGAUUGGCAAUUUAACCCAUUGCCUACUGGAAACAGAUGAUCCCUGUACAAAACCUAUGGGAACCACAGAGUGCAGUAGUCAACAGGUUUACAGAAAGCAUUAUAAGGAUAGAUCAUAAAAUAUUGAUUGUACAUACAGGUAACUCUGCCUAAGUCGUAUCUUUUGGGCCACAAAGCUCUGUUCGACUUUCAUAAAAAUUUGACCUAGAAGAGGUAUACAACACAUGUUUUGAUUAAUCUGGUCUGAAAAAUUGCUGCGACUUAGGCAAAUGUUCGACUUAUGGAAGGUCAAUUUAUUGGCAGAGUUGCAACCAUCCCUAAAAUUCAGUGUUUCAUAAAGCUGUUUGUAAUGUUAUGCACCACUUUAUGCAAGACUGGAGCAUGUUCUUAAGUGCUUAUUCAGCUACACUGAGAUAUAACAUUUAGUACAAGAAAGGGUCACCAGUUGUUCAAAAGUAAUUCGUAACUUACAAAACAGCUUUAUGAAACACCCACCUGGAUUGGCUAUGAGUGUGUGUGGGUCUGAGAAAGGGAAGGAGAGCAAAAUGUGUGACAGAAAGAGAAGAAUGGGAGUAGGGUAAGGGAGAGAAGUGUGAGAUAAAAGACACAAAACUCAAAGAAUAUGAAAAAAAAAAUGCAGAAGGAAAAUGGUGGAUUGGAAUACAAUGAUAUCAGAUUGAUAAAAAAAAAAAUCACUCCCAAAAUAAGACUAGUUCUUGGUAACAAGAAAAACAAAAUGGAGAGUGAGAUUUAGGAGACAGAGACUCUGAGUGAUGAUAAAAGAAAGAGAGUAAGAAAAGGAUGGAGGAGGGGGAGAGGGAGGUAAAAAUAAGAGUAAAAGAUCCUACAAAAAGGAAAUAAAAGCAAUGAAUUAUACAAAUUUGUGAACUUAAAUAUGUAUAUAUAUAGCAUAGUUCGUUUAUGAGGGUGACUUUCAAAUGAGUGACUGAUAAACUGUUAUGCUAACAAGAAAUAAAGCACAAAGUAUUAUUCUUAAAAUAUUUUUUCAUUAAAUAUUUAUUUGACAUAUGAUCUUGCAUAAUAAUACUCACAUGAAUGAAAAGAAAAUUAAAAGUGUCAAACAAAUGUUCAUUAAAAUGCCUGUUUUAGCCUCAAAAGCCUGUAUUCUGAAGUUGGGUUUGAUUUAAACUCUGGUCUAAAGUUGUGGUUUAACCAUGGGGCGCUAAUUGUGACAUAAAUCUCUAACAGUAGAGGUUCAAUGUAUCAGCUCAUAUGACUCUCAAAUCAUCUGUCUGGGAAUGGCAAAUAUUAAAGACAGUUGUCUUCACUUUAUAAUAAUUGGAAAAAGAGUUAAGAAAACAUAAGCAACAUGCAAUGUAAACAAAAUUUUGACAUUUUUGGCUUCCCAUAAUUCUAUCAGAGUUAUAACAUGAUCUAAGUUAAACCUGACUUUAGAAUACUGACUGAAGUUGCUGCAUUCAUUAGUAAUUCAUCAUACCUAUUGUUGAUGGGCUGUUCAACAUUUUAUCUCAACAUGUUGGAUUUUUGUGGAGAGUUCAGAAAACUUUGAUUUUAGAGUUAUGACAUAAGUGGCAAGCUUGUUUUGCCUAGGAACAGAAAUUAUGAGACUGUUUCAUGAGAUCGCCACAAGUGCCAUAUUUCUAAAAUACAGCUUUUUUUCUGUGCUGCUCUCACAAUUUUAUACAAAAUAUGGGUAGGCACUCUCAUAAAAAGCUGAAGUGUUACCUAAAAUCAUGCUCACAGUUGCGCUCAAAAGUUAGUGAACCCCAACACAAAAUGCCCUCCGUCAUGCUGGGUCUUGAAAGAAGACAACACUACAAUGUUUGGCAGACCCAGGGAAACAAAAUGUAAUAUUUCAUCACCUGACUUCACAAUAAAAAUACCUAAAACAUGGCAGAACUUGAACAAAAAUUUGUUCAUUUUUGGUGUUGUUCACUAACUUUUGUGCACCGCUGUUUUUCCAAGUAAAGUUGCAUGUAGUAUUUAUCACACAUCAACACACCAUUAGUCAGUUCAUGUUCAAUUAAGGUGUCUCAGCAUGAAUUAAUAGGUUACAUUUUAAUCCCUUUGUGUAAUACACCUGAAUUGUUUAUGUCAUCAAACAAAUAAACAGUACAACAUUUGAAAAUUUAACAGUUGUGAAUACCUUGAGGAUUAUUUUUACAACUGAAUUGCAACCAAAAGAAUGAUUCUGGAUUUAAACAUUUAAAUAAAUGUACCUCUAGAAAUACAUAGGGAAUGACAAAAUUUGUAGAAAAGAUAACAUUUUGUAUAACGUAUAUAUGUCACAUAUACAAAGUUGUUUCACAAAAAAGUGUUAUCAUCUACAUAGGGGAGCAUGUAUUAAGUAAUAAAUGGUAAAAACAUUAUGAAAGAAUCAAUCAAAUGCUAAGUUGUUAACUAUAAUUUUGAUUGCCACUGAUUCCAUAUUUCUCCAAAGAAAUAUAAGUUGGGACAGGGUUCCCUAUUUUCUCUCUUAUUUUAUUAAAUUAUUCAUUCACUAAUGAAUUUAUUUAAUUACUUUUUUGGGGGUGUAUACACCCUGUAUGUGUCAACAUUCCAGAAGAUGGAGCACUAAACUACAAAUGUAAAUUUAGUAAAUCUGUCUUAAACCCGUUAAUAUUCCAAAUAAAAGUGACUCUCGAAACAGGAA